CGUGAGCUUGCGUUUGUUUGGUGACGUUAGCGACGCAAAAAGGACAUCAGCUAGCCAGGUGUGCACGUCAAGUCAACGUUCUGCCGAACGACCUGACCGUCGACCCCUCCCUACACAGCAAGCAAGAUGGUAAGCACGGAGAGAGCCACGUGGGGAGCUAGAGAGGGAAGCGAGGGAAGAGCUGAGGUGUAGGGAAAAGGAGGAGCCUGGAAGCGCUCACUCAGUGUCCCUGUUCAAAGAGAGGCAGCGCUUUGUGUGUUAGAAUAUCGUGUUGAGGCGUGAACGUGACGCGAAAGCACUUGACAGGCCACCCGCACUGUACUGUGACGUGUGUGUGUUGUGUGUGUGUUGUGUGAUGUAUGUCAGCCGGCUCCCCGCAAGCAGCAGCUCAAGUCCUCUCAGUUCGAGAAGAACAUCAGCAAGCGCGGCAUGGUGCCGACGAGCAAGGACAAGAAGAACAGGUUCGCCGUCGGACCUGCCGUCCUCGCCGUCUUCCUUUUCGUCGUCGUCGGAUCGGGUACGUCACGUGCCUAUAGAUAGAUAGCUACACCACACCACACCAGCCGACACACGUGACCGUGUUUUUUCUGCUUGCGUGUGCCUGUGUUGUGACCCGUGUCGUGUUGUGCAGCCGUCCUGCAGAUCAUCGCAUCGGCAACGAGGAACCAGGUGUUCUGAGCCACCGUGAUGGCCGUCGUGUGGAUAGAGAGGAUGCUCUAGCACAGCGACGGCGAUUUUUACUUAACGAUGAAUGAAGGGCUUUAGAUAGAGGUGUGUGAGUGGACAGGACGGGUGGGGUGAUGUGCUGUGCAGGGGGAGGAGGGAGUGGGCGCAGGGCAGGGCAGGGUACCUAAUGCGUACCCCUUGUGUGGGAGAGUGAGCGCGUGUGGGUGCUGUGUUGUGGUGUCGUGGUUGCUGUGGUCUGUCUGCGGUGGUUGACGCUGGCUGCGUCGCCUGCUAAUUAGUGGAUGGAUGGAUGGAUGGGACGGAUGGGGGCCGCUCAGUGAGCUGAAUACGUGACGUUGAUAGCACGCUGUUUGGUGCUUCAUCCUCUUGGAUUGGUUCGUCAGCUGCUCAUCGAGUAAGCCAUCGACGGCUUACUUGGUGACCGGCUGAGGGAGACAUCUGAGGAAGAGGAUGGACACAAAUGGUGAUGCCUGCCUGCCUGCCUGCCUGCCUUGAUGCCUUGAUGCAUGGCGGGUUGAUGAAGCACUGCAUUGCUCGACAUAUGUGCCACCUUUCCCCACUGCAUGUGUGUAUUUUUGAUGGUCGAGCACAACACAUCAGAUGAGCGUAGGGCAUCCACCCAUCCCAUCCAUCCAUCCAUCCAUCUAUGUGUGUGUGUGUGUGUGUGUGUCCGCGUGUUGCCUGUAUGGUGGGUGUUGCGUGGUGAGGACCCUACC